AUGUAUGGGCUGCAUAUGGCCGUCAUUGCCUUGUUCUAUGAUAUUGAUCAAUUGACUACGUUUGCUGAUUAUCGCGUACCACAAGUACUACAUCCUGAAGGUGUGAUUGUCUACUCAUCGGAGUUGGCCAAACUUGUUGAUAGUAAAGUUGAGAUCGUGGCUGGGAGUGAGAUGGAAAUUGAAAUCCGCGCUGCAACGAUUCAAGCAGUCGAGAUGCUUCAUAAACAAAUGCUUCGCCAAGGCAAUCAUCUCCACGUUAUUGAGCUUGACUGGUUAUUGUGGCAAAUUGGUGAGAAUAACAAAGAGGACUUACUGCCGCAUCAUCGCACGUGGAGCAUCUACUACUAG